AUGUCUACUAAGGACAUCAAGAGACCAUUAUUAUACAACGCUAUCGCCAAGCAAUUUACAUAUGAGCUCGCAGCCAAGGGUGGCGCCAUGGGUGAGAAUACUGGAUACGGAGUAGUAGUGGCUACCCACAAGGGCUUUCUCAGAACCUUAUCACGACUCACCAUGGGCCCAUUCCUCGGCGCUCUCGGAAACGUUGAGCGAGGAAGGGGCCUGAGGAUCGCGUUGCAUGCGGCACUGCAAUAG